AUGUGCACUGAACUGGAUACUUUAUCUGAAGACAAAAUCGCGACUAAGUCGCAAGAGAUUGUAUGCGGUACGCGACGGAUGUACAAGAAGAAGCUGGAGCGAAACCUCGACAUAAGCACGGGCGAUAUCGUCGAAAAAAGUGAACAGGGGCAUAUGGUACUCCGAAGCUACAAAGAAUAUCAUUAG